CGAUUAGUAAUGAAUGAAGAGAAGUUAAGCGGUGAUGCCGUGCCCGGGAAGUUUGCCGAGUGGCUGUUGUCCAUGGGAUGUCCAAAUGAAAAGGUGCCUCCAGUAGAAAAGAUUGCCGAGAUGUGCCGAGGACAGUACUACAUGGUAUGGCGAGGGAUGAUAGAGAAUGUCAAGCCUAAAGAUGUCAUCAGGGAACAGAGGCUGCAGGUUUUCGCUGAUGAUAUCAGGCAAUGUCAGGGAAACAAUGCUUUUAAUGAGAAAUCAUCAAAUAAAAUAGUACCCCCUGAACUAGAGACGUGGAGGAAACAAGCAGAGCUGAAACAGAAAGUAGAAACCACGAAAUCCAGAGUAACACUGGCAAGGCAGGAUCUUAAACAGUUGAUGGAUAAGAUUUCUAAUAAAAUAUUCCAACGCAACCAGUCCCUCCAGCGAGCUGAAGAUCUGCAGCGCCGCGUUAUCUUUCUUCAGCAAGUGUGUGAUGAACUCAAGAACAAAAAGGAAAACCUCGAUGAGACCAGGUCUAUUGCAGAUUCUCUAUGCUCGCGGGAUGAGGAUACUGACUUACAGAAUAAACUGGACAAAUGCAUAGCAUCUCUUAAGCGACAGCAUUCGCAACCUGGUUUGUCCAAUUCCAUGUCGAACCCUGUUGCUUCGUCAUCUAUGCUGUCCAAUGGCGAGUCUGAAAUUGAGGAGCAACUGUUAAGCUCAGUUGUGAAAAGCGGCGGGGAAGCACUAUGCUCAACGGUGUAUACGCGACGCGCUGCCCUCAUCCGCGCCUUGGCCGUACUCGUCACUGACAACAAACAAAGCUCCAAUGUCAAUCAGGUAACCCCGCAGUCAGUACUAACACACACAGCAGCAAUGCACUGUCGCCUCGCAUUAGAAGCCACUAAGAACAAUAUACAUGUGAAGAAAGUGAGGAAACAACUCGUCACCGCCAUCGAUCAACUUAACAACUGUCUAAAUGGAGAAUCGUGCGAACUCCUUGUAACGCGCUGCGAGAAAGCGCACACCACAGCUCGCGUAGCCACGUUGAGAGGCUUGUAUGACGAACUGGUCUCCCGCAGUGGAGUAUUCCAAGCCGAAGGAGGAGACCACAGGAGUGGAGGGCGGUCUUUAAUUGCUAUUGAUAAGGCUAUUGAGUUAAAACGAGAGGAGACAAAGCGAAUAAUUGCCUCGAUAUCCGAGACAGAGAAUCUCAUACAAGCCUCGAGGGACUGCCUUGCCGCAGUCUUCGACCAGUUCGCGCAGCCGCAUACGCAUAACUACAACAAUUAUACAAUGCAAUUAGAUCCGCCAUCAGAGACGAUCACGACUCUACGUCAGUUCUACGAGAGUCGUAAGGAUCAACCCCCGCGCAAGGCCAACGUCAGCCUCGAUUUGGACGUUUCUGAUGUAUCUUACGAUGCCACUGAAAACUGCAACCCGAAACUCGUCGACGAAUUCAACAUUUAUUUGAAGAAAUUCAAUUUGGAAAAAAACAGGAAACUUGUUUUGGAAAGUGGCGAGAAAAUUUGGAUUUUCGAAACCCUUCAGUGUUCAACACAGCGACUGCAAAACCAGUGGCAAUGUGACGACAUAUCGUGCGCAUUGUUAUGUCCGUCUGAAAGCUUGACAUCGAAUAUUAUGAAAUUGGUUGGUUUGGUCACGCUCAAGGAAGAUUUGGAGGAUGUGAUUCCUGUUUGUGGGGACGAUCUCCAGUGUAUUGACAUAACGCCACAAAUCGAAGAAGAUGCAAAACUCAACGACGUUACUAAAAAACGUCUACACGAAUGUCUAUUGGAUAUUCAGAAGACGAAGAAAACCCUCGACGGCGUGACGACAAACAUCGAAAUUUGGUCGGACAACAAAUUUAGGAAAUACAUAUCGACUCAAAGGACUGUACAAGGACUUACUUAUAAGGAAUAUGAAAGUUAUUAUUUGGAAAAUUGUUUGCAAGUGUGAUUAAUAAAUUUCGUUAUUAAAAUUGUGUAGUCUGUGUAUUUGCAACCAAAUUUGACUGAUAUAGUACAUUAUUCCACUGGUCGAAAAGUAAGGGAUGGUAUUAAUACGAGUCAAGCAGUCUCCGAUCCCG